CAGGCGCGGCCGGGUGGCCGGCGACGCCGCAGCAUCCUCGGUGCGGGCGUGUCCCUGCGGCUGUGCCCGUUCUCGUCCUCCUCGUCCUCGUCCUCCGCGGGCGGCCGGCGCGAUGGCGAAGCCGCUGACGGACGGCGAGAGGCGGAAGCAGAUUAGCGUGCGCGGGCUGGCGGGACUGGGCGACGUGGCCGAGGUGCGGAAGAGCUUCAACCGGCACCUGCACUUCACGCUCGUCAAGGACCGCAACGUGGCCACGCGCCGCGACUACUACCUGGCGCUGGCGCACACGGUGCGCGACCACCUGGUGGGCCGCUGGAUCCGCACGCAGCAGCGCUACUACGAGCGCGACCCCAAGCGCGUCUACUACCUCUCGCUGGAGUUCUACAUGGGCCGCACCCUGCACAACACGAUGGUGAACCUGGGCCUUCGGAGCGCCUGCGACGAGGCCAUGUAUCAGCUGGGGUUGGACCUCGAAGAGCUGGAGGAAAUAGAAGAGGACGCUGGCCUUGGGAACGGGGGCUUGGGGAGGCUGGCAGCCUGCUUCCUUGACUCGAUGGCCACCUUGGGUCUGGCAGCGUAUGGUUAUGGGAUCCGCUACGAGUUCGGGAUUUUUAACCAGAAGGUCGUCAAUGGCUGGCAGGUGGAGGAGGCCGACGACUGGCUGCGCUAUGGCAACCCCUGGGAGAAGGCCCGGCCGGAAUACACGCUCCCGGUGCACUUCUACGGGAGGGUGGAGCACGGCCCCGAGGGCGUGCGGUGGCUGGACACGCAGGUGGUGUUGGCCAUGCCCUACGACACGCCGGUGCCUGGCUACAAGAGUGACACCGUCAACACCAUGAGACUGUGGUCUGCCAAGGCACCCAAUGACUUCAAGCUGCACGACUUCAACGUGGGCGGCUACAUCGAGGCGGUCCUGGACAGGAAUCUGGCCGAGAACAUCUCCAGAGUCCUGUAUCCCAACGACAACUUCUUCGAGGGCAAGGAGCUGCGGCUGAAGCAGGAGUACUUUGCCGUGGCCGCCACCCUCCAGGACAUCGUCCGGCGCUUCAAGUCCUCCAAGUUCGGCUGCCGCGACCCCGUGAGGACCUGUUUCGACACUUUCCCAGACAAGGUGGCCAUCCAGCUGAACGACACGCACCCGGCCCUUGCCAUCCCCGAGCUCAUGCGGAUCCUGGUGGACGUGGAGAAAGUAGACUGGGACAAGGCCUGGGAAAUCACGAGGAAGACCUGCGCCUACACCAACCACACGGUGCUGCCCGAGGCCUUGGAGCGCUGGCCCGUGCCCAUGUUUGAGAAGCUGCUGCCCCGGCACCUGGAGAUCAUCUACGCCCUCAACCAGCAGCACCUGGACCAUGUGGCCGCCCUGUUCCCCGGGGACGUGGACCGCCUGCGGAGGAUGUCUGUGAUCGAGGAGGGGGACUGCAAGCGCAUCAACAUGGCCCACCUGUGUGUCAUCGGGUCCCACGCUGUCAACGGCGUGGCCAGGAUCCACUCGGAGAUUGUGAAGCAGUCGGUCUUUAAGGAUUUCUGUGAGCUGGAGCCAGAGAAGUUCCAGAACAAGACGAACGGCAUCACGCCCCGGCGCUGGCUGCUCCUGUGUAACCCGGGGCUGGCCGACACCAUCGUGCAGAGGAUCGGGGAGGGUUUCCUGACGGACCUGAGCCAGCUGAGGAAGCUGCUGCCGCUGGCGGGCGACGAGGCCCUCAUCAGGGACGUGGCCCAGGUCAAGCAGGAGAACAAGGCAAAGUUCGCCGCCUUCCUAGAGCAGGAGUACAAGGUGAAGGUCAACCCCUCCUCCAUGUUCGAUGUGCACGUCAAGAGGAUCCAUGAGUAUAAGCGGCAGCUGCUGAACUGCCUGCACGUGGUCACUCUGUACAACCGGAUAAAGAAGGACCCGGCCCAGGCCGUUGUACCCAGGACUGUCAUGAUCGGGGGCAAGGCGGCGCCUGGCUACCACAUGGCCAAGAUGAUCAUCAAGCUGGUGACAUCCAUCGGCGACAUUGUCAACCAGGAUCCAGUCGUGGGCGACAGGCUCAAAGUGGUCUUCCUGGAGAACUACCGGGUGUCCCUGGCCGAGAAAGUGAUCCCGGCCGCGGACCUGUCGCAGCAGAUCUCCACCGCGGGCACCGAGGCCUCGGGCACGGGCAACAUGAAGUUCAUGCUCAAUGGUGCCCUGACCAUCGGCACCAUGGAUGGGGCCAACGUGGAGAUGGCUGAGGAGGCAGGGGCCGAGAACCUCUUCAUCUUUGGCCUCCGGGUGGAGGAUGUGGAGGCCCUGGACCGCAAAGGGUACAAUGCCCGGGAGUACUAUGACCGCCUGCCCGAGCUGCGGCAGGCCGUGGACCAGAUCGGCAGUGGCUUCUUCUCACCCAGAGAGCCGGACUGCUUCAAGGACGUCGUCAACAUGCUGCUGAACCAUGACAGGUUCAAGGUGUUUGCAGAUUAUGAAGCGUAUGUGGCCUGCCAGGCUCGGGUGGACCGGCUGUACCGGAACCCCCGGGAGUGGACUGAGAAGGUUAUCAGGAACAUCGCCUGUGCCGGCAAGUUCUCCAGUGACCGGACCAUCACCGAGUAUGCCCGGGACAUCUGGGGCGUGGAGCCCUCCGCCCUGCAGACGCCACCCCCCAGCCUCUCCAGGGACUAGGCCCCCCUUGCCGACUCUGCCCCUCGUCCAGCUUCCCAGCACCUGCUUUUUUUCCCACUGCUGUUUCUGGGAGGAAUGUGGGGAUCAUGGUGGGGAAGGAAAGAUGCUGACAGAGAGGCUCUCCCGCCGCCUGCAGCAGAGCGGAGCCCGCGGCACUGACCAGGGUGGCGCUGACCGGGGCAGCUGGCCUGCAGCUUUGCCCGCCCACCCUGGGAGGUGGGGAAGGUGGGGACGCCAGCCGGGCUCCCACAGCCUUGCAUGUGCCUUGUGUGAGCUUGUUUUUAGCUUUGAGCCUCUGGAUUCUGGGGUCUGGGCAGGCAGUGUGGCAGAGCCUGGGGACGUGUGUAUGUUCCUACAGCACUUGGGCUGGCCGUCUGGUGUGGCCUCUGGUCCUCCCUGGCCCAGCUCUACCUGCUGGGAGGGUCCAGUGCUCUGGGCCUUGUCUCCACAGCUGCCCUGUGGGCACCCGAGACAGCUGGGGUGACACUGAGGGGGACACCUGUGUCCAGCAUCUAGGGGGGCCUUGGGUGAGACAAGGAUGACUGGUAAAAAGUCAGUUUGGUUUUGCUUUUUCAAAAAAAAAUUUUCCUUGUGAAAAAGAAACUAGUUGAAGCCUUUCAUUCUUUUAGCAACUGAGCCCAGUGCUUUUGAAGCUGCUGCCUGGGGAGGCAGUGGUGGGGUGUUCUCACCCGGCCCUGCCGUGGGACCAGGGUGCCUGCCUCUGCUGGAUGAGGCAGGGCGUGCAGCCCCUACCCCACACCCCUCCAUGCCUGGGGUGCGUCUCCGUCUUACAUGUGAAGCCGGCCCCCCUCCCCGCUCCCUUUCCAGCAGCGCAACAGCCUGGUCUGGAGAAGGACCAGGUGGGCCCAGAGCGGAGCCCAGACAGCAGCCUGGAGCCGUGGGCAGAAGCGCCUUCCCGGGUCUCUCCCACCUCACCCGCGGCCCUGCCCUCACCUCCAUCCUGACUGCACACUUCUCCAGGGUCACGGGGACGCCUUCUGGGGUGUGACUGUGCCCCCGAUAUGCUCUGCUGCCCAUCCCUAGGCCGACUGUGACCGUCACUGUGCCCCUCCUGUACCACCUCGUGUGAGAAACCAAUUAAACUGCUUAUGCUUGGCUGA